AUGUUCAAGGUGGGUAACCCUGUCUGCGUAUCAAGUGUCUACAAGCCUCAGCAAGCUUCAUCUCAUCUCAUCAUGAUUUCCCUUCGGAGUAUCAUCAUUCUUCUUGGCCUCAUUACUAUUGCCUAUGCUUGCGCUCCAAGUGUUCACAAGUCGCACGGUUACUGCGAGUAUUACGUCGACGGAACCAGUGACAUCGAAGAAAGAUCUAAGAGAUCGACAGAUUCGGAUAACAGCGGCGGCGGCGGCGGCGGCGGAAAAUUCCGCAGAACCAAGAAGAAGACCGUCAAGUGCUACAGAUACGAAGACGGAACAUCCGAUAGUGGAGCUACUCUUGAGGAAGGAGUUGAGGAACCGAAGGGAGGAAGCGGUGGAUCGGGAGGAAGCUCGUCCAGUUCAUCUUAA